AGACAGCUCAGUAGUUUUCAAUUAAUAAGUAUCGUGAUUUUAUUUAUUUUAAUCAUUCGCUAACGUUUAUUAAUUAUCUUAAGAUAUCUAAAUGGUGCGGAGGAACUAAACAAUAAGGAUGAAAUACGGAAAAAUUCUUUGUAGUAUAUUUGUAAUAAUAAUUAAGAUAGGUUUAUCUUACACUGCUAAAAGCCAUCCGAUCUCAACAUUAGUAAAUGCAAAAUUUAGUAUAACACCUGUACAACUAGAAGUAUCAGAAUUUUUAUCAGAUACCUCAAAUCAGAAAUUUUGGCUAUUUCUCGAUGAGCUGACCAAAGUUGAUUUGGAUGGUCUUGAAACUGAUCUUGAGCGAUAUAAUGCAACAAUAGGCAUUGCUAAAACACUUCUUAGUCAUGCACAGACGAAACUUUUAAAAUUUUCCAUAUCACUUCGAUCACUUACUAUAAGGAUUCAAUCGCAUUUUAUGAUUGCUGAUGACAUACUAAAAAGAGGUGAAUGUCGCGAUUCGAAGGCAUUUGUGAUGUGUGCGAAUGAGUUAAUAUGCUCAGUUGAUGAUUUAAAGAAAAAGCUUAAGAGUGUGAAAAGCAACAACUUAGAAAACUCUGACUUGUACAGCUUCGAUCAUAUUUAUCCAGGGACUGAAAAUAAUGCAGUUGUGAACGUUUUAUAUGGUGAAAUCGGAAGCAAGGAGUUUAAUGAAUAUCAUAAAGUUCUGAAGACUGAAACCCAAAAGGGACUCAUCAAGUAUGUAACACGUCAUUAUAUUAAGGAACGAUCUUCAACUAAAGUUAGACUAUCAGGGUAUGGUGUUGAGUUACAUUUGAAAUCAACAGAAUACAAAGCACAAGAUGAUUCGCCUACAAAUGAAAGGGAUAAAAAAGGAGAGAAUGAUGCUGAUACUGAUGAGACUGAAGUUGAUGGUUUUGACUUUAAGACACUUAAAAAUAUUUAUCCACACUUAUCACAUUCGAUUGAUAAAAUGAAAGCCAGUUUAUUAGAAAGAAGUGAAGACAUUGCACCGCUUAAAGCAUGGGAAUUCCAAGAAUUAGGUUUACAAGCAGCACAUCGUGUUGCUACUAUUCAAGGUGAAGAAUCACUAUCAAUCUUACAAUUUAUAGCACAAAAUUUUCCAAGUCAAGCCAAAAGUUUGUUGAAUAUACGAGUUAGUGAAGAAUUCAAAGCAGAAAUGAAGAAUAAUAUUGAUGCAUUCGCAAGAAAUCUCAAUUUACAACCUCCAGACGCUGCACUUUUCAUUAACGGGCUGUAUUUUGAUGCAGAGUCUCUUGAUGCUGAAACACUUUUGGACACUUUGAAGAAGGAAUCUUUAGUGCUUGAUGGGUUGAAAAAAAUUGCCUUACAAAAUCGUGCAUAUGCUCCUCUCCUUGCUUUAGACUUAUCAUUACAAUCAAAAGAAUUUGCUAUUGACAUAAGAGAUUCUUCAGUCAUUUGGAUAAACGAUUUAGAAUCUGACAAAGAAUAUAAACGAUGGGGAUCAAGUGUUAUGGAUAUGCUUCGACCAACAUUUCCUGGAAUGAUGAGAAGUGUCAGAAAAAAUUUCUUUAAUUUAAUGCUUGUGUUUGAUCCAGUUAAGCCUGAUGCACGAGAUAUUCUGCGUAUGUCUGAAAGUUUCAUAGCCAAUAUGGCACCGAUUCGUUUUGGUGUUGCAUUCGACACACGUCUUGGGACAGGCAAAUUAAAUAAUCUUUACCGUACGUUGAAUUGUGGUUUCAAUUAUAUGCAUCAGAAACAAGGAGCACGUGAUGCGCUAACAUUCCUCUUAGACGUUUAUUCUUCAACUCUGAAGGUUAAAGAUGUCGAAAUUGAAACUAUUCAAAAAGUUUUCAAGAAAACCAAUCCAAAGCUUUCAAAGGAUGAAAUAGAAGAUGCUCUUGGUGAAGAUUCUGAUUUCGAUUAUGGACGGCAGUUAUCUGAAGAAUUUAUCGAACGAUUAGGAGUCAAACAAUUACCACAAGCUUUAUUAAAUGGUGUUUUAUUAAAUGAAAAGUUACUAAAUCGCGACGAGUAUGAAGAGUUAAUUUUAACUGAAAUUAUGCAACAGACUGUAAAGCUUCAAAAGAAAAUUUAUGUGGGUGAAUUGGCUGAUGAUGAAAAUGUCAUCGACUAUCUUAUGCAACAACCUCAUGUGAUGCUUAGAUUAAAUCAAAGAAUUUUAUCAAGUGACAGUCAAGAUUUUCUAGAUAUGUACAGUGGUGACGCUUAUCAUGAUAUUGAAGAUGUCACUACACUUCAGACUUUGAAUAAUGAGGACUUGACUGCCACUUUGAUGAAAAAUCUUCGAUAUUUUGAAACAAAAAAUUCUCAAGAGAAAUUCAUGAAAAAUCGAUUACAUUUCUUAACUUUAUGGGUUGUUACGGAUUUAAAUAACGAACAUGGAAGAAAUAUCCUUCGAAAUGGUCUUGAAUUUUUGAAAUCUAGUAGUGGUGUACGAUUAUCCUUCAUUCCAAAUGCUGAUAAACCCUCUGCCAUUUCAAACAAUAAGGAUUUGAAUGCAAUCAUGUGGAGCAUUUUGUAUACCCUUGACGGCAAAGAAGCCAUUGAAGCAGCACUACAAUUGUUGAAUGGAAAAUAUGAACCUACGAGCAAUGUGAAAGGAUUCUUAAAGGCAGCAGAACUUCAUCUUAAAAUGUUGCGUGUUUAUUGCCAGAGAGUUCUUAAAUUCAAAAGCGAUGACACAAGUAUUAUAGCAAAUGGAAAAAUUUAUGGACCAUUUGAUGAGGGCGAAUUAUUCACUUCUGACGAUUUCAAUUUGUUGGACAAGAUUAAUCAAAGGAAUUACAUUGACAAAAUUAAAGUUGCUUUGAAAUCUAUCAAAAAUGAUGAUGAACCAAUAGAAAUAAAUUCAGAAGUUAUGCUUCAACUUUUAUCAUUAUUAAUGCCUCGUCAGUCAUCGAAAAAUAGGUUCAAUAUUCCAUCAGAAUUGCGUGAAGACCAUACAGUUAUAAAAUUGCCUGCAAAAUUAGAUGAAGAACCAAGUUUCAAUAUAAUAGGAGUGCUUGAUCCAGCUUCACGUGGAGCUCAAAAAUUGGCACCAUUGCUAUUACUUCUACGUCAAAUUAUAAAUUGUGAUUUGAAAGUAUAUCUAAAUGCAGUUGAUAAGCACUCAGACAUGCCUGUUAAAUUUUUUUAUCGCUAUGUCGUUGAACCGGAAUUAAGAUUUUCUUCUGAUGGAAAGUUAAUGAAUUCAAAUUAUGCAAAGUUUUCAGGACUUCCAGUUAAUAGUUUACUGACACAACAUUUGGCAGUUCCUGAAAAUUGGAUUGUUGACUUGAUUAGAUCUGUAUAUGAUUUGGAUAAUAUUCGUUUAUCUGAUAUUGGUGGACCAGUUCACAGUGAAUAUGAGCUAGAGUACUUACUGCUUGAAGGUCAUUGCUUUGAUUCAAGUACAGGAUCACCACCACGUGGAUUGCAAUUUAUUUUGGGAACAAAAGAGCAAGAAUCUGUUGUAGACACGAUCGUCAUGGCUAAUCUGGGGUAUUUUCAAUUGAAAGCAAAUCCAGGAGCAUGGAUUCUUAAACUUCGCUAUGGAAAGAGUUCGGAAAUUUACGACAUUACGAAUGUCGAUGGAUUGAAUACGAUUCAUAGAGUAAGCGAUGGAUAUGUUUCAGUAGUAAUCAACAGUUUCCAUUCACAUGUUCUGAAAGUUCGCGUGACUAAGAAACCUGAACAAUUGAGUGCUGAUUUACUUGGAGAUGAUGAACCGCAAAGUGGGAUUUGGGACUCAAUAACAAGUACAUUUAGUGGUGGUUCAUCCGCAGAUUCCUCUCCUGAAACAAUAAAUAUUUUCUCAGUUGCAUCAGGGCAUCUUUAUGAGCGUUUAUUGAGAAUUAUGAUGCUUUCAUUGUUGAAGCAUACAGAAACACCUGUCAAGUUUUGGUUCUUGAAAAAUUACCUUUCUCCUCAAUUCAAAGAUUUCCUACCAGAAAUGAGUCGUGAAUAUAACUUUCAAUAUGAAUUGGUUCAGUACAAAUGGCCAAGAUGGUUGCAUCAACAAACUGAGAAGCAAAGAACAAUUUGGGGAUAUAAAAUCUUGUUCCUAGAUGUUCUGUUUCCCUUGGAUAUUAAGAAGAUUAUUUUUGUUGAUGCGGAUCAAAUUGUGAGAGCAGAUAUCAAAGAAUUGUAUAACAUGGAUUUGAAUGGGGCUCCUUAUGCCUAUACUCCAUUCUGUAGCGACCGUACUGAAAUGGACGGUUUUAGAUUUUGGAACUCGGGCUACUGGAGAAAUCAUUUACAAGGACGAAAAUAUCACAUUAGUGCUUUAUAUGUUGUCGAUUUGAAGAAAUUCAGAAAAAUAGCUGCAGGCGAUAGAUUAAGAGGUCAAUAUCAAGCACUUAGUCAAGAUGCAAACAGUUUGGCAAACUUGGAUCAGGAUUUACCGAAUAAUAUGAUUCAUCAAGUCCCUAUAAAAUCAUUACCCCAAGAAUGGCUUUGGUGCGAGACAUGGUGCUCAGAUGAAAGCUUAAAAAAUGCUAAAACAAUAGAUUUAUGCAAUAAUCCAAUGACAAAGGAAGCUAAAUUAAGUGCAGCUCAACGCAUAGUUCCGGAAUGGAAAGAUUAUGAUGCAGAAAUAAAGAACCUCAUGGCAAGAAUUGAUGAUGAGCAACACCAAGAGCAAUCAGCAAGCAAACAGAAAAAAGAAGAAGCUGCAAAAGACUCGCAUACAGAACUUUAAAUCCAUUUGGAAUUCGUUUUUCUAUUCUUCUUAUUGUUAUCUAUUUUUUUUUCUCUUUUUUUAUUAAAGACUUUGUGAUUAUAAUUUAAUAGAUAAUAAUAAAGAAAUCUAUAA